AUGAAUGAGCCCGACGUAAAUGGCUUCAGUGCUUUAUCAAACACUGUUGAUGAAAACGAUGAGAAUAAGGUUGUCAUGCUGUUGGAAUUUGCCAAAAGCCAACCUGGUGUUACCUCGAUUGCCGGAUAUGAUCUCAACAUUCUCAAUCAGGCAGCGGGCAUGACGAUGAAAAGGGCCGUCUUGGAGAUAUUAGAUAACCCACUUGUUGACUUCUCCCAUGCUCGCUUCCAGGGUAAGGAUGGUAGCAUCCUGGGAACAUACCACACGACUCCCCUUGAACAUGCUUGCGUUCUUGGAAUGACCACGAUGGCAACCCUGAUGAUGAGUCAUCCACGUAUGGUGGCAGCGCGGAAACGAGUGGAACUGAGAUCGCCAUGCAGAAACCCAACUUCAGGGGCCUUUCUGACGACCCUCCAACAUCGGGGUGAUUUGACCCUUAUUGCUCUUCAGAACUUCCAAACUGAUCUCGACCAUGAAAGAGAUAUGGACAGGAGGACGAUUUUCAUGCACGCGGCAAUGGAAGAAUGGCACCAUGUUCUAGAAUAUUGCGUGGAUCGCCUGUCCAAAUCCAGGUUAAAAAUUCAAGACAAAAAUGGACGAACAGCACUUCACCACGCAGCUCAGACGCGAAAUUGGUUUGGCACAACUAGAUUACUUGCUGCAGGAGCUGACCUUUAUAUGGAAGAUGAUGAAGGAAUGACCCCAGCGCAUGCUGCAGCUGAGGCAGGCUCCGAACGUGUACUCCGAAUAAUGAUUGAAAAUCGAGCAUUCGGCGUUGACUGCAUCGACCACAAGAAACAUAAUGUACUGCAUUAUGUUGCGGCAUGGAAUUUAUACUCAACAGCCGAGACCUUGAUUGAGAUUUCUCCACACCAAGGAUCGGCAAAUGAUACUAACGGACGCACUCCAGUUGAUUUAGCAGCGCUAUUCGGAUCCAAGGCUGUCCUUGCAUUACUACUUUCGAAAAUUCUGGUGGACAUUAAUGCCAAUGACUAUGCUUGGAAUAGGCUCCUCCAUCUCGCGGUCGAAAGUCAGGUUGAGUCCUGCAUCGGAGAUCUCUUGUCUCGAAAAGACUUAAAACGCGAUGCAGAAAUGGGAUACAUUCCCCUAUGA